CUGUCAAAGCCUCCUUUCUUCUCGCUUGCUAGGGUCCCCCAGGAAGCCCAGGCCAGCCGGGCCCAGCUGGAAUCACGAGCAUGGGCCUGAAGGGCGAGAGGGGCUCUACAGGAGAAAGAGGCCUCGCAGGGAUGCCCGGGCAACCCGGGACCCCUGGCCACCCUGGACCACCCGGUGAGAUGGGCGCGGAUGGAGCCGCCGGGAAAGAGGGCCCGCCGGGGAAUCCUGGACCUUCAGGACCAGCUGGCCAGAAGGGCGAGGCUGGCACGGCAGGGGAGAGAGGGCAUCCUGGAGAGAAGGGGAGAUCUGGCAUGCCCGGAGGACCAGGGAAAAGCGGCUCCAUGGGCCCCGUGGGGCCCCGUGGUCCUCCAGGAGAGAGAGGCCAGCCUGGCUCCCCUGGACCUGCUGGCAGCCCGGGGACGAUGGGCGACAUGGUGAAUUACGACGAAAUCAAGCGGCUCAUCCGGCAAGAGCUGAACAAAAUGUUUGACGGUAAGUAG